AGUUUGCUACAACUUUUUUCUUCAUAAACCGCAUUCUCACUAAUCCCAUUCGAGCUGUCUGAAAACCAUGGAAGAUCAAUCCUCUACUUCAGCACCAUCCAUUGAUCCCUUCAAGUUACUCAAAAUUGUCCAAAAUCCAGAUGGGUCACUCACUCGACAAUCUCUUUUCCCUUCAGUUUCAAUUACAGAAGAAGAAAGCACCGGUUCCAACGCAUCUCAACUCGCCUUCUUCAAGGACAUCCCUCUGAAUCCCCAAAACAAAACCUUCUUUCGUCUCUAUAGGCCACCAACUCCACCACCAAACACCAAUCAUAGGCUCCCUCUCUUAAUACACUUUCAUGGUGGCGGCUUUAUCCUCUUCAGUGCUACUUCUCGUCCUUUCCACGAUGCAUGCAGUGUCAAGGCAGUUAAACUCCCAGCCGUAGUCCUCUCUCUCGAAUACCGUCUGGCACCAGAGCAUCGCCUUCCGGCUGCAUACGAUGAUGCCGUUGAAACCAUCAUGUGGGUCCGGGACCAGGCGAUGGACGUCAACGGCUGUGAUCCGUGGUUAAAAGAGUAUGUAGAUUUUUCCAAGUGUUUUCUAAUUGGUUCCAGUGCAGGGGGCAACAUGGUUUUCCAUGCAGCUUUAUGUGCAUUGGACAUCGAUACCUCGCCUGUGAAAAUCAUAGGGCUGAUAAUGAAUCAGCCCUACUUCAGUGGGGUGGAAAGGACUGAAUCGGAGAAGCGAUUCGUCAAUGACAGGAUCUUGCCUUUACCAGCUAAUGAUCUAAUGUGGUCCUUGGCUUUGCCCGAGGGAGCUGACCGGGAUCAUGAGUUUUGCAACCCGAUGACGGCUGACGGGUUCCUUAAGGAGAAGAUGGGACGGCUGACACGGUGCUUAGUGACAGGCCACGGAGGGGAUCCACUAAUUGACAAGCAGAGGGAGUUGGUGAAAGUGCUGGAGGCGCGUGGGGUGGAUGUGGUGGCGGAGUUCGCUGAAGGAGGUUGCCAUGGGAUUGAAAUUUUCGAUCCGUUGAAGGCGGAAGCACUGCUUAAGAGCAUCAAGGAAUUUGUCGACACUUGCUGUCGGUGUGUUAAUUAUGAGUCUGCUGCUGCCAAAUCAACCCUGUGAGCCAGGCUGCCCAUACUAGCAACAAUAACCAAUUCAAGAUUAUUGUUAAAAAUGAUAAUUAAUUAUUUUUAUUAUAAAUAUUUAAUUUUGCUGCCUUUUGUCUCA